AUGCCGCAACACAGCUGGGGGGUCCUGGCUCGAGCUGCGACAGCAAGCAGUGGUGCGGAGAUGGUAGCCGCGCUGGCUAAUCCGAUGGUUGACCUUAUCCGCCUCACACGCCCCGUGGUCAACGUGACACCUGAAGAUUGGCAGACGAGCAGUGUAGGACUUCCCAUCGUGCUGACACGCAAUGUUACCAUCGGGGGCGAGCUGAACGACUGGCCACAGCUCAAUCUAAUCUAUGUUCGGGGUGUGAACCACGCGCAUUUGCAACAGCCAAGUGUCUCGGUGGUCAUGACGAUGCUCAUCACGUACAUCACGAUCCAAGGGUGCAUGGACAGCUGGUUCACGGCAAACAGUUAUAUCUUGUGUGUGUUACAUGGUCGUGGGAGUGUGGGUCGGUGGCCGAGUCCUCUGAAGCAGCCAUCAAGCAGGCUUCAGAAUGGACUGGGGUGUCUCCAGGGUGCACUCGCCCAUCCCUUCCUGGCACAUCAGCACAUUGAGGGCAUCAUGGUUGACAUUGUUGUAUCUCCAUUGCAUCUGGACAUAUCUCCCGCGUACAAGACUGCAGUUUCGAGCUAUUGGAUUUUCUUAUGCUGUUUUUUUAAGAUAUUAUCCAUUUCGGGCGGCGCUAGGCGUCUGGCCCUUGGGGCCCCGGUUAGUGUGGGUCCCGUUACACCUCUGGAGAGUAGGGCAACUACUCAAGGCUCCGACAUUUUUGUCCCCACGGAUCCGGGCGGACCCCCCGGGGAGGUGUGGCUGUCCACUGCCGCGGUGUACACACCGUACUGUUUUCCGGGUGCCUUCCACGUGCUCGACGUUUCAUUGAUGCCCCGACCUGCACAAUACCCGGGAAACCAGACAACGCUGGUAGAUCUCCCACAGGACGGCUGUGUGGAUUCACAUGCUGCGCCGCCACAAACCGUCAACUGGGCCAGGGGCAGUGGCGGUAACAGCACCAGCAGCCUUUCCACCUUGCAGCCGGUGCCUAACAACCGCAGCGCCAGCAGCCGCACGGCGGUUGUGGUGGGAGCGACUGUGGGGGGGUCUGCGGCAUGUGCCCUGCUGUUGGGGUUUGCUGCAGCGGUGUUUCUGCGGCGGAAGGGUAGGACUCCGACCGCCCGCCCUGCUGCAACCACUGCGGAUGCCACUGCGGCUGCUGGCGGGGAUGAUGAUAGGAGUUUGGGUGCUCCUGCUGGGACUCCUUUGCUGGAGUUGGAGCUGGAGAGGUGCAGGGCACAGCCGGGUGGCCGAAGGCCCGAGACUACACGCACUCUGGCCGACCUGUCAGCGUACAACGCCGCCGACAACCUGCCACUAGAUGGUGCAUCUACACUUCCAGGCAAACGACAGCCGCCAACAGAAGUGUACGAGACCAAGGCCAUGAUCUUCACGGGGGUGGUACCGCCGGUAACUACCAAGACACCCCGCAGGCCCGACAUCCCCCUCCAUGUAGCUCUGGUGCCGCUUCCACAACUGCCGCCAGGAGCGGCUGCAGCUGUGGGGCUUGGUGGCGGCGGGUACUGCUUGCCACAGCAGCCUGGGCUUGGUGCUGCUGCGCCCGCUGCUGCUGCUGCUGCUGCUGCUGCUGCUGCUUGCCUUCAAGCCAUCAAAGAGGAGCCUUCCACGACGGCGUCAGGAGUUGCUCCGCCGGAAGGAGCAGAUGGAGGGGUUUGCAACGCAGACAGCAGCCUGCAGCUACAGCAGGCGACACCAGAGUCGCCGUCGGUGGGACCUGGUGUUAUGAAUGCGGCAGUAGUGCUGCCGGAGGGCUUCGGAGGCGACAGCAGCAGCAGGAGUGAUCUGAUGACCGGUAGCAAUACAAGCAGUGGGGAGGGCUGCGGCGUGGUUUGCUUGAUGCCGGUGUUUCGCGGCAAGGGCACCUACGGGCGGGUGGUCGAGGGACUGUAUGCGGGGCGGCGCGUUGCGGUGAAGUUAAUGGCCAAUGAGGAGUUGCUUGGCGUGGAGGGGGCUCCCCCCGGAACCUUCAUCAAGACAUUUGCGCAGGAGGUUGAGGUUUUGAGCCGUUGCCAGCACCCCAACAUCAUCCAGUUGUUGGCGGCGUGUGUAAGCCCGCCCCGGUUGUGUCUGGUGAUGGAGCUCAUGGAGACGUCCCUGGACAAAUUGUUGUAUCACAGCCCGGGCCAACAGCCGAUGCCGCUGCCGAAGGUGCUCCACAUUGGGAUCUGUAUCGCUAAUGCACUGGCCUACCUGCACCCCACCAUCACCCACCGGGACCUGAAGCCAGCCAACGUGCUGAUCGACAACCCUCAACGCGACAGGCCGAUUGUCAAGCUGACGGACUUCGGUUUGGCCCGAUUGCGGAUGACAGUGAAGUCGACGGAGCACCCUGACGCCGGCACGGAGUGCUUCGAUGCAAUGAAUCGGCACAUCACACACCAGGCGGUGACGUAUAAGGGCACACGGCUGCCGCUGGAGUCGUUGAUUAGCAACCACUGUCCCCCAAAGCUUGUCCGUCUGCUGGAGGACUGCUGGGACGCAGACCCUGCUCGUAGGCCAGCGGCAGCGGAGGCAGCCAAGGUGCUGAUGCUGGUGAUGCAGAGACAGAGGGUUCAGCAAUCGUCACCAAUCCAGCGUGCGAACCUCGAUCCAUCAACUGUGAUCUCAACUCCACAUCUCAGCAGCUAG